AGGCACUCGGUCGCCGCCUGACGCCAAGGGUCAGGGGUGUGCAGGGCAAUAAAUUAAAGUACUUGCUUUAUACAUAUAACUAAAUAAGCUUCAUAAAUCUUUGUUUGUAUUUCUUACCUUUUCCUUUUUUUUUAUUAAACAUUUAUUUUCUUUUAUGUAUUAAAACUUGCUCGCGCUUUUAACAAACCAUUCACGAUGAUCGACACGCUGACCGGUGCAGAAGCUCUGCCGUUUGCAGUCCAGCUGAAGACUCUUCUGGAGCAGGAGGUCCGCUGCCAGCCCAAACUGUGCGGGCUUCGCGUCCUGGAGUCGGCCCACGACAACGGCAUGAGGAUGACCGCGAAGAUGAGGGACUUUGAGGUGAAAGAUCUGCUCUCUCUGACUCGCUUCUUCGGGUUCAGUGCCGAGACGUUCUCCCUCGCCGUGAGCAUCCUGGAUCGCUUUCUGUCUAUGAUGAAGAUCCAGCCCAAACAUCUGUCCUGUGUCGGCCUUUGCUGCUUCUACAUCGCUGUGAAGACCUCCGAAGAGGAGAAGAACGUUCCUCUGGCUAGCGAUCUGAUCCGAAUCAGUCAGAACCGCUUCACCGUUUCGGACAUGAUGAGGAUGGAGAAGAUCGUUCUGGAAAAGCUUUACUGGAAGGUUAAAGCUCCUACAGCACUGCAUUUCCUCCGCCUGUUUCACAGCCACAUCCAGGAGAAAGUGGACGCUGAUGAUAGGAAGAUUCUGAACAUUGAGAGACUCGAGGCUCGGCUGAAGGCCUGCCAUUGCUCCUUUACCUUCACAAAGCUACGGCCUUCGUUGGUUGCGCUGGCUCUGCUGGCCCUUGAGGUUGAGGAAGAGCACGAAUCGGAGUCAGUUGAAGCUCUGAGAUGCGGGGUGAAGGACAUCCAGCACCAACUGGCUAUUAAAGACGGGGACUUGGUGUGUGUGCGUGAGCUCGUCUCAAAGUGCCUGACUGAAUAUUCUGCCACCAAGUGUUGGAAGCCCAACAGCCAGAGACUGCGCUGGAUCAUCUCUGGGCGAACGGCCCGGCAGCUGAAGCACAGCUACUACAAGAUCGCUCAUCUUCCCACGAUCCCUGAAUCUGCUUCUUAAAGCCUGCAGUGUGAUUUCUUUUUUUUUUUUUUUUUGGUUUUCAUUUCUUGCUCUUUUCUGAAAUGCUGUGAUUGUUAUAUUGGCUUCUAUACAGAACUUCGAGUGGAGCUCUGUAUGGAAACCAAUUCUUGUGGCUUUUUUUUUUAUUUUGUAUAAGCACGCAAGUAUUUGUCUUUGGAAGAUCUUAGUCGAGUGUUUAAAAGCCGUCAGCCGGAGAGGUUCGUACCUCCCGGGGUUUGACCGGCACGGGCGUGACUACGCAGCACGCUCACUCGAAUCGGCGCCUGAGUCGCGCCGGUUGUUCUAAGCAGUCGAAAGUAUUGAACCGCCUAGGUCCUCAGUCCACCGUGUGGAAGAGGAGGGAGAAGGGUUUUGUGAUUUAGAUGAACAUCAGAGGAACCAAGAAAUCGGCCCAAAGCCCUUAACUCCCACCCUAGGUUGUUGCUGUCCUCUAGCACACUCCUGCCCAAGGUGAUUAUAUAUGAAGUUCCUUUUCUUUUAUUAACAGCCAGUCUGUUUUUGUUUAAGAGCAGAUCUCGGACGUUAACACAACUGACCUGUAACACACAACUUUGUAGGUCAGGGUUUAAAAUGAAACCAUAAACACACAGGGUCUUAUUGUGUAAAUUGUUAAUUAGGACAAUUAGUUGUUUCAGUUCUGCAUGUCGGUGCUGAGAUUUUGUUUCCACUAAAGAAGAAAAAUGUUUUGAUUUGACCAAAUUGAUUUGUUCCCUGGAAGUGGACCUUUCAAUAAAAACACUUAUUGAAAUGUUA